CCCCUAAUUACACACUUACACUUUCCUCUAACCGCCAAUACUCCCAUGGCUUCUUGGGCUGCGUCUCUUCGAAUCUCCCCAAAUCAAAUCGCACAAAAUCAACUAAUUUACAAUAAUUCCUUUUACCAGCUUUAUAAUUUCCAGUUUUCUACUACAAUAAACCACCCAUUACCUAGAUUUAGGCUUCCAAGCUCUCAUCUUGGAGUUGUUAGACUCUCAAAUCAAGCUCAAUCUUUAAUUAAUUUAACAACCCCAAUUAUAAAAGUUCCACUUUUAUCAUGUGAAGAGGCAAUUGAGAGGUUAAGAUUGAGUAGAGAGAGGCAUAAGGGCAAACAGCAAUUCUUGGCUAUGUACUCUAGUAUAUUUGGUGGAAUUACUACAGACACUGCGGCAAUGGUGAUCCCCAUGGAUGAUCACAUGGUACAUAGAGGUCAUGGGAUUUUUGACACCGCGGCUAUAGUGGAAGGUCAUCUCUAUGAAUUGGAUCAACACCUUGAUCGUUGUGUGAGGUCUGCAUCUAUGGCAAAAAUCAGUUUACCGUUUGAUAGGGAAAUCAUGAGAAGCAUACUGAUUCAGACAGUAAGUGCUUCUAAGUGUAGAAAUGGCUCUUUAAGGUAUUGGCUUUCUGCAGGACAUGGUGACUUUCAUCUCUCCCCGUCUGGGUGUGCCGAGCCAACAUUUUACGCCAUUGUGACUCAUAGCUCAGCCUCAUCUGAUCACAAGGGCAUCAAAGUAAUUACAUCUUCCAUUCCAAUAAAGCCUCCUGUGUUUGCUACGAUGAAGAGUGUCAAUUACCUUCCGAAUGCACUAUGCCAGAUGGAAGCUGAAGAAAAUGGUUGCUUUGCAUCUAUAUGGUUGGACUCUGAAGGAUUUGUUGCUGAGGGUCCAAAUAUGAAUGUGGCCUUUGUCACGUUUGAUAAAGAGCUUAUGAUGCCAAGAUUUGAUAAAAUCCUUAGUGGUUGUACGGCCAAGAGAAUACUUACGCUUUCACAGGAGCUGGUUAAGAAGGGUGACAUUCGAGGAGUAAGCACGAGGGAUGUGUCCGUGGAAGAAGGAAAAAAGGCUGAGGAGAUGAUGCUUUUUGGAAGCGGUGUCCUAGUGCGUCCAAUUGUUCAGUGGGAUGACCAGGUCAUUGGUAAUGGAAAUGAAGGUCCUGUUGCUCGAGCACUUCUUGAACUCCUUCUAGAGGACAUGAAAUCAGGCCCAUCAACAGUUCGGACACCUAUUCCUUAUUAGUCACAAGGAGCAUAAUGCAUUGUUUUUUGCUCGAAUAGAUCUCAGCAAGUACCCAUCAGCAUGUAAAUUGUCCUCUGUAUUAUUGAAUAUUCUUCUGAUUGCUUACAAUCAUAUUGUGAUCUCUUCUGUAUAUUAGUAUGGCACUUGUGAUUACGUAAAGUAUUUAACAUUAUUGACAUGAAAAGCUUAAUAAUAAUGUGAAUU